CGAGCAAAUUAAUGGUCCAUUUUCUCAUGUAUCAUGUUGUAAUCUUAAAAUUGCUAGUUGGGAACUAGACCUCUUCCAAAUACAGAGGAAUACCAAUCCAAUUUUAGUCCUCCCCCUUGAGGUGUCGUAAAAGGCUAGACUGGUAGCCAUGGCAGCCAAAGCAGAAGAUGCAAAUGCGCACCUAUUUCAAUUUCUCAGUGAUCUCAUCGAUCGGGUAGAGGCUGAAAGUAAUCAACCAGAGACUGAAUUGAGGUCAAAAAUUAAGGCUCUUGUUCUGGAAACUACCAAAGUGCCUUCAACACCGUCAAAGCAACCAGAUGAGGUUGAAAUAGCAAAAGAAUUGGACAAGAUAUCAGCUAAAUUAGAUUCUGUUGAUGAACUGUUAUCAUCAUCAUCUGAAGCAGAUCGUGAGGUGCAGAGCCUUUUAAGUGGAACUGCAGAUUUAUGGAUGCCUGUCAUCACUGCUACUGCCGAUGAACGCAGAGCAUUAGCAGCUUCUGUUGUUGCUGAGGAACAUGACAUUAUUAAGAAGCAGUCUUAAGUGCGAAGGUACAUCUGUAAUUUCUAUCUGGAAAUCACAAGAUUUAUUUUAUAAUGUAUCACCUGUCUUUAUUUAAAACUUAAAUGGGUUUUACCUACUCAGUGUGGCUAUGCCUUAUACCUUUGGAAACUGAAUAACAAUUGGUGCGUCUAGUUUGAUAGAAUGAAAUUGUAUUCUUUUGUAGAUAGAAUAAAUUUCACAAUUUUUCCUUA